AUGACAACCCUUUGCAGUGGAUUUAACAUUUUUUGCAGAUCGAUCGCUGGCAUUUCGGCUCUGAGACUUUCAGAUAAAAUCCAUCAGAUCGGAUGUCGAAUAAUAAAGCAUUGUGCUAUCCCCCCGUUCCUAAUCAUUAUUCCAUCUUUCAUUGUGCAAAUUUGUUACGCAGUUCUGCUGGCAAAUCUCACUUUCCUGUAUUUGUCGAAGCGUUUUGCAUCCAUUAAUGAACAACCAAUUUUAAUUCUGAUUUUUGGUGAAGUAAUUCCAAUAUUACUUGUUUGGCUAAUGAUUUUUUACGUUUUUAUGGCAGAACUUGACUGCUUUCGAUACAUCAUUCAUUGCUCUCGUAAUUGGCGCCUUCCAAAAUAUAACCCAGCGGUGUUGAAUGUUAAAGAUUCGAAUUUUGAAAGUUUGUUGGAAUCAUCAUCUAGAAAGCAUUUCAAUGUCAUGGAUGCUUUACAAGAACUUGAACGAACCAAAUCCUCUUUAUCAGGAGGCACUUAUGAUAGUGAUUCAAAACAAUCAUUUACUGAUGCGGAAAUCAAAAGUGAAGCAAUAUCCUCAAAAUAUGGUACUAGAAAUGCGUCACAUUUCUCACACUUCAGCAGUUAUGCACGAAAGGGUUAUUCGGCAACAGGGUUUCACCUGGAAACUGUUCCGGAAGAAUCCCCAAAAUCAUCUACAUCGCUCCCAUAA